UGAACUUUUUCGCAAAGUUAAAGGGGUAUAUUUGACCUUUAACCAAGACAAAAAGUAGCGCCAGAAAACCCUAAGCUCUCUUCCGCCUUAUCUCUUUAACGCAUCUUCCGCCUCUCUCUCUCGCCGUUUGCCCUUUCUCUCUCUCUCUCAGCUUACGUUUCCGACAAUGUCAUCUUCAAUUAUAGGUGGCUGCCAUUUCUACAAUUUCUCUACCGUUGAAUCUGCCGGAACAACAAACAGGAGAACUACAUUAUGGAGAUCGCCAAGAGCAGCAGUAAUUCCAAGUUUUCACCUCCCAAUGCGCAGUUAUGAAGUUAAAAAUAGGACAUUUGCUGAGGACAUAAAAUCACUUCGAUUGAUUACUGCAAUCAAAACCCCAUAUUUACCGGAUGGAAGAUUUGAUCUUGAGGCUUAUGACGCCUUAGUAAAUUUGCAAAUCGAAAAUGGCGUUGAGGGUGUGAUUGUUGGUGGCACGACAGGUGAAGGUCAGUUGAUGAGCUGGGAUGAACAUAUCAUGCUCAUUGGUCACACAGUCAAUUGUUUUGGUGGAUCAAUCAAAGUCAUUGGAAAUACAGGAAGCAACUCCACAAGGGAAGCAAUCCAUGCAACUGAACAGGGAUUUGCUGUGGGUAUGCAUGCAGCUCUUCAUAUUAAUCCCUACUAUGGGAAGACCUCCAUUGAGGGUAUGAUUUCUCACUUUGACAGUGUGCUCCCUAUGGGCCCUACUAUCAUUUAUAAUGUGCCAUCACGGACUGGUCAAGACAUUCCCCCAUGUGUAAUUCAGACAUUAGCAAAGAGCCCUAACCUUGCUGGUGUCAAAGAGUGUGUCGGAAAUGAUAGAGUGGAGCAGUAUACAAGUAAUGGGUUGGUCGUGUGGAGUGGAAAUGAUGAUCAAUGCCAUGACUCAAGGUGGGAUCAUGGUGCUAUGGGAGUUAUUUCUGUCACCAGCAACUUGGUUCCUGAUCUGAUGCAUGAACUAAUGUUUGGAGGAAAGAAUCCUGCUUUGAACUCAAAGCUAAUGCCAUUGGUUGAAUGGUUGUUUCAUGAGCCAAACCCCAUUGCUCUAAAUACAGCUUUAGCUCAACUCGGAGUUGUGAGGCCUGUCUUUCGCCUUCCAUAUGUUCCACUUACAAAGGAAAAGAGAGAGGAAUUUGGGAAGAUUGUUAGGGAAAUUGGACGGGAAAACUUUAUAGGUGAAAGAGAUGUCCAAGUUUUGGAUGACAAUGAUUUUGUUUUGGUUGGUAGAUAUUAGCUUUUUCCCAAUUGGAGUUGAGAAGUAAGUUUUUGUUGUUAGCUGCUUAAUUUGAUAAUUUCUUGGCACGAAGUUAGCUUCUUUUAUGUUCUGUUUCCACCAUGCAUAGCUUCUUUUAUGUUCUUUUUCCCCCAUGCAUUGUUCUUGUUUGAUUUUCUCUUUUGGGAGCUAUGUACAUUGUAGCUGUUAGCUAAUGGACUGGUCCUUUUCUUCUA